GUUUUCCGACCCCUCAAAGGCUAUAAAUACCUCUCUCUGGUACACUCUUUUCCACUCACAACAGAAAUAGCUACUAAACAAACAGCAAAAGAUAACCAGUAAAGAUGGCGAGUACUUUCCCAGUUGUGGAUUUGUGGUUACUUCAAACUGAGAAAAGGGCUGAAACUAUGGAUAAGAUCAAAGAUGCAUGUGAAAACUGGGGUUUCUUUGAGCUUGUGAAUCAUGGGAUUUCCCAUGAAGUGCUGGACACUAUUGAGAAGCUUACUAAGGAGCAUUACAAGAAAUGCAUGGAGCAAAGGUUCAAGGAAAUGGUGGCAAGUAAAGGUCUUGAGGCUGUCCAAACUGAGAUUGAUGAUCUUGAUUGGGAGAGCACUUUUUACUUGAAACACCUCCCUGUUUCCAAUCUGUAUGAAGUUCCAGAGUUAGAGGAUAAAUACAGAAAUGUCAUGAAGGAUUUCGCGUUGAAGCUAGAGAAACUAGCUGAACAUCUUCUUGAUUUGCUGUGUGAGAACCUCGGGCUCGAGCAAGGUUAUUUGAAGAAAGCAUUUUAUGGCUCAAAUGGUCCAACUUUUGGGACCAAAGUUAGCAACUAUCCUCCUUGCCCCAAGCCAGAACUGAUCAAAGGCCUACGCGCUCACACUGAUGCUGGUGGCCUAAUCCUGCUUUUCCAAGAUGACAAAGUCAGUGGUCUUCAGUUACUGAAAGAUGGCAAUUGGAUUGAUGUCCCACCUAUGAAACACUCUAUUGUCAUCAACCUUGGCGACCAGCUGGAGGUGAUAACGAAUGGAAGAUACAAGAGUAUUGAGCACAGAGUUAUUGCUCAACAAGAUGGCACUAGAAUGUCAAUUGCUUCCUUUUAUAAUCCAGGAAGUGAUGCUGUGAUAUUUCCAGCACCAGAGUUGGUUGAAAAGGCAGAAGAAGAGAACAAGUUGAAGUAUCCCAAAUUUGUAUUUGAAGAUUACAUGAAGCUGUAUGCAGGUCUCAAAUUCCAGGCUAAGCAACCUAGGUUUGAGGCUAUGAAAGCUGUGGAGACUACUGUCAACAUAAGUCCAAUUGAAACUGUUUGAUAGAGUUUCAGAAGGGAUUUUGUUUAUGCAUUAAUAAGAAACUAAUCAAGAGGGUUAAAGAGGUUAAGAUUUUUAAUGGGUUGGAGUUUGUGUUGUCCUUAAUAGUUAAUUAUGAAAGAAGUAAAUUAGUAGUAAGGUUCCUGUGGAACUUAUGUCACUUUAUCUGUCGUUGUUUCUUUUCUGGUAGUGAGCUGUACUCAAGUUGUCUUCUAAGGGGUAUAUUGUAAAGUUUCCUUUUUUUACUUUAAUAAAAUCUAUGCUAUCCAUAAA